GUAGUAUAAUGGCUCUUCCGGCUGAUAUCGCCUUCGAUUACCAGGGCAUUCGUUUAUUCAACAAAUGGAGUUAUGACGACGUCGAGGUUAAGGAUAUUUCCUUACAAGAUUAUAUUCAAAUCCGAAACCCCGUCUACUUACCUCACACUGCUGGUCGUUUCUCUACAAAAAGAUUUAGAAAGGCACAAUGCCCCGUUGUUGAACGUUUGACCAAUUCACUUAUGAUGCAUGGUCGUAACAAUGGCAAAAAAUUAAUGGCUGUUAGGAUAGUAAAGCACGCAUUUGAGAUUAUUCAUCUUUUAACGGAUCAAAAUCCUAUUCAAGUUUUGGUUGAUGCCAUUAUAAACACUGGUCCACGCGAGGAUUCAACUCGUAUUGGUAGUGCAGGUACUGUUCGAAGACAAGCGGUUGAUGUAUCUCCUUUGCGUAGAGUAAAUCAAGCAGUUGCUCUUUUAACAAUUGGAACGCGUGAAUCGGCCUUCAGAAACGUUAAGAGUAUCGCAGAAUGUUUAGCUGAUGAACUUAUCAAUGCUGCCAAGGGAAGUUCAAAUUCUUAUGCAAUUAAGAAGAAAGAUGAAUUAGGUAAUUAA